UAAACCUCCUCAAACCUAACUGAAAAGGUUCUUUUGGACGAUUAAUCGAAAGUGUUCUCGCCCCCAUAAACGAACUCCCCUUCUUAAACCCUAAACACCCCCUUCUUUCUCUUCUCACCUCGCCGGAACUCCUUUAUAGUGACCGUUACUGAUUUCAUCUCUUUAAUUUGGUUAUCAAAUUCAAUAAUGGGUCGUAAAAUCAAGGAUGUUCUGAGCUCAGGUGGUGAACAAAGCAGGAAAAACAAGGGGAAGAGAAAGCUACAAGAAGAAGAUGAACAUAUAGAAGCUCAAAUCAAUGGCGAAGACCCAGAAAUCUUAGUCUCCAAAAAGGAGGAAAAGAAGAAGAAAAAGAAGAAUAAGGAGGAGAGAGAAAAUGGGUCAGAAUUGGGUAAAGAGUUUGAUGAGGGAAGUGGAAAGAAGGAGAAGAAGAAGAAGAAGAAGAAGGAGAAAGAUGAGAACUUUAUCAAUGGAGAAGCAAAUAAAGAUGAUGAAAAAACUGAAGAAGAGAAGAAGAGUUAUGGUGGUGUGGUGGUUUCUGGGAAGAAUUUUGGUGAUUCAAAAUAUUCGCCAUUGAAUUCAUUUUCUGAUUCCAAGCUCCCUGAAAAUGUGCUUGAGUGUUGCAAAACUUUUGAUAAGCCUUCUCCAAUUCAGUCUCAUGCCUGGCCUUUUCUUUUGGAUGGCCGUGAUUUUAUAGGGAUUGCUCAAACUGGGUCAGGUAAGACUUUAGCAUUUGGGAUUCCAGCAAUGAUGCAUGUAUUGGGCAAAAGAAAGAGUGAGAAGUCUAGGAGGGUGAAUCCACUUUGCCUUAUAUUGUCUCCUACAAGGGAGCUUGCACAACAAAUUGCUGAUGUCCUUUGCGAUGCUGGGCAGUCGUGUGGCGUAAAGUCUACUUGUUUUUAUGGAGGAACCUCCAAAGGACCUCAAUUAGCUGCUUUGAAAUCUGGUGUUGACAUUGUUAUCGCGACUCCAGGACGUCUGAAGGAUUUGAUUGAAAUGGGUAAAUGUCAUCUGAAUGAAGCUUCAUUUGUGGUUUUGGAUGAAGCGGAUCGUAUGCUUGAUAUGGGAUUUGAGCAAGAUGUCCGUUCUAUACUGGGCCAGACAUGCUCUGCUCGGCAAAUGGUCAUGUUCAGUGCUACUUGGCCUACAGAAGUUCAUCAACUGGCCCAAGAAUUUAUGGAUCCAAACCCUAUUAAGGUUGUGGUUGGUUCAGAAGAUUUGGCUGCCAAUCAUGAUGUCAUGCAAAUAGUAGAGGUCUUGGAAGACACGUCACGUGAUAGACGCCUUGUGUCUCUGCUGGAGAAAUACCAUCAAUCGCAGAGGAAUAGAGUACUAGUCUUUGUCUUGUACCAGAAGGAAGCAGAUCGGGUAGAGAGGAUGCUGCAAGGAAGGGGCUGGAAAGUUGUUGCUAUACAUGCUGGUAAACCGCAAAGUACACGGACAAAAUCGCUGGCCUCGUUCAAGAGUGGAGCAUGUCCACUAUUGAUAGCAACCGAUGUGGCUGCGCGAGGAUUGGAUAUUCCAGAUGUUGAAGCAGUUAUCAACUACAGUUUCCCGCUCACUACAGAAGAUUAUGUCCACAGGAUAGGGAGAACUGGGAGAGCCGGUAAAAAGGGUGUUGCUCACACAUUUUUUACGAAAGAGAACAAGGGUCUUUCUGGGGAGCUGGUGAAUGUUCUCCGAGAAGCUAAGCAGAACGUACCUGCCGAUCUUUUAAAAUUCGGUACACACGUAAAGAAGAAGGAGUCCAAACUUUAUGGUGCUCAUUUCAGAGAGAUCACUGCUGAUGCUCCUAAAUCUACAAAGAUCAAAUUUGCUGAUUCUGAUGAAGAGUGACUUCGGAGGUGAGACACUAUCUGCGCUUCCCGUGUGAGAUUACAAAAUUGGUAGAGCUCAUUAUGGAGCACUGGCUAUUCUAGUUCCUUGUGUCAUAUUGUAAAUGAUGAUCUUUUGAAGCUCUGACACUUGUGCGUGGUUGAGGCUACACAGCACUUCUCUUCACCAUACUAUUUGCAUGGAGGCUGAAGAUUUUGAGGAAGGCUGUGAGGAGGGGUUAGCUUGAAGUUCAGAAAGAGCACAGUUCGGGUUACUAAAGCUAAUUAUGUCACGUGUCAUUAUUGUUUUUGGUAGAAUUGCUUUUAAGGAUACUAUUUAUUUUAGCUUCAUCAUCUUACGUUAUAUAAAGCUCAGUUUUGUAUCUCAUUUGAUAUCACGUAAUCACAAGCUAUUAAUUAUUAUUA